AUGACGGUUGCAAUUGUCAUACUGAUUGCCGAGGUAAAGUUGUACAGGUUUCCACCCAAUUCUGACACUUUGAAUGUGUCCACAGACAUCAAGUUCAGAACACCUCCCAUAUCUUUUGUUUCUGGCUCUGUUUCUUCUUCAGGACUCUCUGGUUUUUCUUCGCCAUGUUUCUCGUCUGUUUUUGAUCCGGUUCCCAGUUUUCUUCUUAAAGCUUUGGCAUAUAACUCUCCAACUAAAACGGCUCUCAAUCUGGCAUCAAUUCUUCUUCCCUCAGAUUGGCAUCUGGAGAUCAAGAUAGCUUCAGAAAGAUAUCCGACAAGCGAAAUGAUAACCCAGAGCCAAACUAGACUUGUGGAUGAAUGGUCUGGAUCUUGGAUAUAUUCUAAAAUAUGCUUGAGAGCUAUAGGCGGAGCAAGUUCCAUGAGCGAGUCGACACCACUAUAA